AUGCCAGUCCCCGCCUUUGGCCAUGGGCCUGUGCAGAACACCGACGAUGACGGCAUUUCAUUUUGUGAAUAUCACGACCUGCCGCCACCACCGGACGGAGGAUACGGUUGGGUCAUCGUGUUCGCCAGUUUCAUGUGCAACAUGGUCGUGGACGGGAUCGCUUACACCUUUGGCGUGUUCCUCGGCGAGUUCGUCAACUAUUUCGGUGAAGGCAAGGGCAAGACUGCUUGGGUCGGUAGUCUCCUUUCCGGAAUGUACCUCAGCGCAGGUCCUAUAGUCAGCGCUCUAACCAACAAAUACGGAUGUCGUGUGGUGUGCAUGGCGGGCAGUGUCAUCGCGUCCAUAGCCUUUGCGCUCAGCACACUAUCACCAAACGUCAAUGUCUUGAUGCUCACUUAUGGUUUUAUGGGUGGUAUUGGAUUUGGACUUAUCUAUUUACCAGCUGUAGUAUGUGUUGGAUACUACUUUGAAACAAAACGAUCAUUGGCCACCGGUAUUGCUGUAUGUGGUUCUGGUUUCGGUACCUUUGCUUUUGCUCCUCUUGCCACUAUGCUUCUCAAAAACUUUGAUUGGAAAGUCUCGAAUUUGAUACUUGCUGGGAUGAUUCUGUCAUGUGCCUUAUUUGGUGCUUUAAUGAAGCCUCUAGAAUAUCCAAAUGAAGGCUGUAAACCAUUACUCCAAAGAAUGGCAGAUGAAAAGCGCAUGCAAAUGGAACGCGGAUCGAUAGGUGGAUCAUAUUUCAUUGUACAACUUAAAGAUGGAUCAUUAGAAAAAAGACAAAAGUUACCACUAAACAUUGAUCCUGGUGUUCAUUCAAGUUUUAACUUAGAUGAAUUGGUGGGUGGCACCGGAUCUCCCAUGACACCGAUACCAACCAUGGCCGUUUUACCUACUAUUAAAGAAGUGAAAGCUCCAGAACAAAGUGGAUCUAGCAAUAGUUCUAGCAAUGCUGGAAGUGGAGAAUUCAAAUCUGAUAAAAAAGACAAUAAAAUAGAAAACUCAAAACCAGAAGUACCUGAACAAAAUGGUGAAACAAAUGGAAAUGGAGAGUUGACUGAAGUGAAAGCCGCCAUUCCAAGAAAUGCUUCUCAACCUGCAUUUACAACUCAUGUUCAAGGUUUACCAAAAAAUGGUUCAGUGCCAUUUUUUGACCGUAUUCGAAAAACAAGUGCCAGCGAACGUUAUCGACCUACUUUGGGGCCGAUAAAAGUAUCUCGACCUAAUCUCAGUUCAAAUGGAGAUAUUCGUAAAUCUAUACAUUUAAGAUUAUCAAAUGUAUCAAUACUUGGUAGUAAAAACAAUAACGCCGAAGAUAUGUGGUCAAAUGUGGAUACAGACAGCAUUGGAUACACUUCAUCUAAAACAAGCAUAAGAGGAAAAGAAACUGUGCGUCCAAUGUCCAGAAAAGAUAUCUUUUACUCGGGUAGUGUUUUGAAUUUGCCCGAAUACCGAUCACAAAAAUCACUUGCCAGCUAUCGCCAAAGUAUUUUGUCGUUACCCAAAUCCAUGAUGAAAGAUAACGAUAAAGAUGAUGAUGAGGAAAUAGAUGAAGGUUGUUGUCCAUUUUUACCAGAAUCUAUUAACUCUGUAUUGUCUUCGAUGAUGGACACAAGUUUACUUAAGGAUCCUGUAUUUAUGAUAAUUGGUAUCAGCAACGUAUUUGGCAUGGCUGGACUUUAUGUACCUUUUGUGUAUUUAGUAGAUUAUGCCAAAGAAUCUAGUUCCAAUAUUGAUUCAAGUCAAGCAUCAUUCCUGCUGUCUAUUAUUGGUAUAACCAAUACCAUUGGACGUGUAGUCUGUGGUUUUGUUGCCGAUUUCCCUUGGGUUGAUUCGCUGUUCCUCAAUAAUAUAUGUUUAUUAAUCAGUACAGCUGCUGUUGCUGCAACCCCUUUCUGUGUCACCUACACUCAUUACGUUAUAAUGGCAGUCUUCUUUGGAAUUGCAGUUUCUGGCUACAUAUCAUUAACAUCCAUUAUUCUUGUGGAUCUAUUGGGUCUGGACAAGCUCACAAAUGCCUUUGGUCUUUUAAUAUUAUUCCGUGGGGCGGCCGCAAUUAUUGGAUCGCCAUUAGCUGGCGCAGUAUAUGACUACACAAAAUCAUAUGACUGGCCGUUCUUUAUGGCUGCUGUAUUCUUCCUGUUGUCUGCUAUAACUAGUUUUAUGGCGGCUCCGUUAAAACGUUAUUUGGACCAAAGACAGAUGGCCCUUCCCCAAGACGACGAUGAUGCGUUGACUCCAAUUGAUGAGGAUGAUGAAGAAGACGAUGAAGAGGAAGACAACACGCACCAUCAUCAUCACCAAGUUCCAACUAUUAUUGAAACAGCUCCUACGCCAAAUAAACCACCAUUGCAAGAAUUAAAACAGAUAGAGUCUGUGGUUUAA